CCCCUGCUCACACUCUCUCUCCCUCUCUAAAUAAAAAAACAAUAAACAAACAAACAAACAAACCUUCUAACAUUAAUACGGAUUUUAUUUCCUGAACGAAUCAUGUAUUGGUGUGUAUCAUUUAGGUUACUAUAAACCAUUUGUGAGUAGUAAUGGAUCAUUAUUAAUUUAUUAAUGGUGUCUUUUGACAAGCAAAAGUCUUCUAAUUAUAAUGAGGUAACAACUUAUCAUUUUUUUAGUUAUUGUCUUCUGUCACCUCCUAAGAGACCUUUAUCUAUGCCCAAGUUAGAAAGAUAUCCUCCUAUGUUUUUCUCUAGAAGCUUGUGGCUUUAGCUUGUACGGUUCGAUCUAUAAUUUGUUUUGAAUUAACUUUUUGGUAUGUAUAAGAUACACACAACAUACAUGAGUUGCAAAACCAUGAGUGAAAAAAAACCAAAUGCAGAGUACCUGUCAUACAACACUAUUUAUAUGACCUUCCAUAGCAGGAAUAACUCAGCUGUAGUCAUAGAAAUCAGAACACUGAUUUCCUGGGCGGGGAGACGGUACUGACUCAAAGGGGCACAAGAAAAAAAUACUGGGGUCAUGGAGACGUUCUGUGUCUUAAUUAAUAGUUUUUACAUAUACAUGGACAUGUGUAAAAAACCACAAUAAACUGUACACCUAAAUUGCAUGUGUUUUACGUUAUGUAAGUUGUACUUCAAUUAAAAAUGUAGUAGAAGGCUUAAAAACCUCAAGUAAAGAAAAGAACUUCAAUGAUCCUAUGUUUGUUUGUUUCCUAAAUGGGAGAAAAAUCUAGUCCCUUGGUAAUGUCAAAGAGAAGCUACUGGCUUAUGAAUUGUUAUGAUUCUAAGUAUCUAAUUCUUUCAUCAUCAAAAGAGAAUGUGAUGACAUCAUCAUUCCCAGAAGACUGAAAUAAUAAGCAGGCAAACUGGGGAGUGCCGAAGAACCACUACCAGGGUAUCUGAUUCAUGACUUUUCAAAGGUCUCAGAAGGUCCUGCUUGAAAACCGUCUGCCCACUUGAGAUUUUCCACAUGUCUUCCCAAACCACCAUGCCAUAAGUGUUGAGUCUCCAAGGAAGAAACUGUGCAAAAGUCCUCUAUGAUCUUAGGGAAACAAAAGGAAAGGAUGAAAUACAGAAGAAAAACAAGUCAACUGCUAUUACUUUUAUUGUUUUUAUGGGCUUUGUACAGACAGUAUCAUGUCAGCACAAAGAAACUACAGAAGAUAUAUCGGUGCUGGUCUAUGAACAGUCCAUCAAAGGAAUUAAAGCUUUCAGACUGGUUUUCUCCCAGUCAGUCCAUGAACCUGACCACCACCAACUGGUCAGCUCCAGUUGUGUGGCAUGGCACUUUCAAUGAAGAAGUUUUGGAACAGUAUUAUGCCAAACAUAAAAUUACCGUGGGGCUGACCGUGUUUGCCGUAGGAAGAUAUAUCGACCACUAUUUGAGGAAAUUUAUACUAUCUGCAGAUAUGUUUUUUAUGGUUGGCCAUAAAGUCAUAAUUUAUGUCCUGAUAGAUGACUUCUCCAGGAUGCCUUGGAUACAGCUGAGUCCCCUCCGUACAAUCAAAGUGUUUGAAAUUAAGCGAGAGAAGAGAUGGCAAGAUGUCAGCAUGAUGCGCAUGAAGACUAUUAGUGAACAUGUUGUAGAUCAUAUCCAGCGUGAAGUCGACUUUCUCUUCUGCAUGGAUGUAGAUCAAGUCUUCGUAAGGAAAUAUGGAGUGGAGACUCUGGGGGAGUCAGUGGCUCAGUUACAUGCUUACUGGUACAAGGCAGAUCUGAUAAAGGUGCCAUAUGAAAGAAGUGAGUUAUCAGAAGCAUAUAUACCUACUGGCAUGGGAGAUUUUUAUUACCAUGCUGCUGUAUUUGGUGGCACUCCUACCCAAGUUCUCAAUAUUGCCAGGGAGUGCUUGGAAGGAAUCAUGAAUGACAAGAAAAACAGCAUUGAAGCAGUAUGGCAUGAUGAAAGCCACUUAAAUAAGUAUUUCUUUCUCCACAAACCUGCUAAGCUCUUAUCACCGGAAUAUCGCUGGGAUUUUACUAGAACAGAUAUCAUUAAUAUUCAUAAUAUCAAACUCUCUUGGGCUAAAAAGGAUUAUAAACAUCUUAGGAUGAAAUUGUAGUUUUAUAGCACUUCCUUCAGAUUUCUGAAAAUAAGAGCAUCAUUUUUGUCUUAUUCCUUAGAAAAUUAGCAGUUGAUAAAUUUUAGCACUAAAAAAAAAAAAAAAAAUCACUAGCAAAAUGGCAAGACCGCCAAUAUGGAAUACUCAUACUUCUCAUAUUCAUUGUGAAUUGUAUAAGAUGGGAUACAGCAAUUGCAGAAUGAAUGUACUGACGUCAGAUGGAGAUACAAUGAUUUCAUAUCCUGUGUGAAUAUUGAGGAGAUAUUAUUUGUUGGAUUACAUUGAACAAAAUAGAAUCUGUCACAAGAAAAUGAAA